AUGCUCUUUGAGAUCCUCAUCCUUGGCCUUACGGCUCUUGUGCUGUAUUCGGUAUACUUUAUAAAGUCAUUUAACACAACCCGCCCAACGGAUCCGCCCGUGUACCCUGUCACAGUGCCUUUUCUAGGACAUAUUGUGAAGUUCGGCGAGGACCCGCUUGGGUUUAUGCAACGAUGCAAGCGAGAGCUUAAGUCUGGCAUUUUUACCAUCAACAUUGCGGGAAAACGUGUGACGAUUGUGGGCGAUCCACGCGAGCAUAGCCGAUUUUUCUUGCCACGCAACGAGAUCCUCUCUCCGCGUGAGGUGUACAGCUUUAUGGUCCCUGUGUUCGGCGAGGGCGUCGCCUACGCUGCGACGUACCCGAGGAUGCGGGAGCAGCUAAACAUCCUCGCGGAGGAGUUGACCAUUGCGAAGUUUCAGAACUUUGUCCCUGCGAUUCAGCACGAAGUCCGCAAGUUCAUGGCACAUAAUUGGAAUAAAGAUGAGGGAGAGAUCAAUCUCCUCGAGGAUUGUGGUGCCAUGAUCAUCAACACAGCCUGUCAGUGCCUUUUUGGUGAGGAUCUACGCAAACGCUUGGAUGCUCGACAAUUUGCCCAGCUUUUGGCCAAGAUGGAAAGCAGCCUGAUCCCCGCCGCUGUCUUUGUUCCGUGGUUGCUGCGUUUACCUCUGCCGCAGUCGGCUCGCUGUCGAGAGGCUCGGACAGAACUUCAGAAAAUUUUGAGUGAGAUUAUUGUUGCCCGCGAGGAGGAGGAGGCGGGCAAAGAUAGCAACACCUCGGACCUCUUGGCUGGACUUCUUAAGGCUGUGUACCGUGAUGGCACCCCCAUGUCGCUUCAUGAGGUGUGUGGCAUGAUUGUUGCCGCCAUGUUUGCAGGCCAGCACACGUCAACAAUCACCACAACCUGGUCUAUGCUGCAUCUCAUGCACCCAAAGAACAAAAGACACUUGGAAAAAUUGCACAGGGAGAUUAACGAAUUCCCGGCACAGUUGAACUAUGAUAAUGUCAUGGAUGAGAUGCCAUUUGCUGAGCGUUGCGCCCGUGAAUCUAUUCGCCGUGAUCCUCCACUUGUAAUGCUCAUGCGUAUGGUGAAGUCCGAGGUGAAGGUUGGCCCAUAUGUGGUUCCUAAAGGCGACAUUAUCGCCUGUUCGCCCUUGCUCUCACACCAGGACGAGGAAGCGUUUCCAAAUCCACGCCUGUGGGAUCCGGAGCGUGUGGAGCAGAUUGAAGGGGCCUUUAUUGGCUUUGGUGCUGGCGUGCACAAAUGUAUUGGGCAAAAAUUUGGUCUGUUACAGGUCAAAACGAUUCUUGCCACUGCCUUCCACGACUACGACUUUGAGUUGCUGCGAGACGAGGUUCCGGAGCCAGACUACCACACGAUGGUCGUGGGUCCCACGCUCAGUCAGUGCCGCGUGAAGUACUUCCGCAAGAAGAAGCUGUCCUCGUGA